AUGGCCGAAGCUGCACUACCCACUGAGACCACUUGCAAGAUUAGACAUGUACACAUCGAGUGCCCAAUCUGCCUGAAUCGGCUCAUCGAUCCAAAAAUUCUGGACUGCCAGCACAGCUUCUGUUUAAAAUGUCUUCAGGAACUUGUAGACAAACAGGAUCCAGAGAAGGCUAUUAUUAUUUGCCCAGUGUGUAGAGAGAAGACUUCAAUCCCAGAUAAGGGAGUGUCAGCUCUUCUUAACUGCUUUUUCUUGAGCUCGCUAAUUGAUGAUGUCAGCAAUCUGGAAGGGUUGAAGGAGGACAUUAACUCUCCUGUCUCAACAUGCGUAGGAUGCGACGAAGGUCUUGAAGCCUUCUCACGGUGUGUUGAAUGUGAUGCGACUUUGUGCACGGCAUGUCUGGAAAACCAUGCAAAAUUAAAAAUGAACAGGCAUCAUCAAAUCAUUGAUGCUGUCAGCUCAUCAAAUCAGCGCCCUAAAGACAAGGACAAAUCUGAAUCUCACAACUGCCGGAAACACACUAACCAGGAACUGUGUUUUUAUUGCGAAACGUGUGAUUCACUUGUGUGUCUCAAAUGUGCGGUGUUCGAUCAUCGAGCUUCAAACCACAACCUCUCUGAAAUCAAUGAUGCCGUGAAAUCUUACCGUCAAGCUGUUAAUGAUGCGUUGGUGAAGUUUGAAGAGUGUUGCAAGCAAUUUCAGAAAGUGGAUGACUCUAUCAAACACUCACAGCAUAGAUUACAACUCAUGGUCGACCGGGCUCUUCGAGAUAUUAUUGCGAAUGAGGAAGAGGAAAUCACCAAGAUAAGAAACGCUUCCCGUCUCCUUAAAGAAAGAGUCACUCAAAUCGGUCAAGAAAGAGGUGGGAAUUUUGAUAGCAUACAGAGCAGCAAUAGCGACAAGAUGAGCCGUGCAGAGCAGAUCAUAGCUUCAGUCAAUGACUUGAUGCAGCAAGCAGAUGACUUUGAGCUGCUGGACCUCAAGCCAAAAGUUAUGCACAAUUUAGACUUCCACAAAGAGCUUCAGUUUCAAACAGUGCAGCAUAGCAAGUCAUUCAUCGGGUUCAAAGGUCAUGAUAUCGUCACUGAUGCAGAUCUCGGUGAAAUACUAGAGGAAGAGAAGUGGGAGGUAAAGACAGAGUUUUUUAACGAAGGGGAAGGUGAGGGGGAAUUUGAGUGGGCAGGGGACGUUGCUUGCUUUAGCAAUAGUGACAUUGUUGUUUCUGAUACAAAAAGGUGUCUAUUGUCCACAUUUACAUCAAAGGGUUACAAGUCUACAGAUGUUCAUAGAGGAACAGAGGAUGGCCAAAUAGAAAACCCUCGUGAUGUUGCUGUGACCUCUAAUGACCUGCUUCUGGUUAUUGAUGGAUAUGAUGUAAAGGUUUAUGAUAAAGAACUGCAAUAUAUCCGUCAGUUCAGACCCUCACAGAAUCAAGUCGAGGAGCAGUCGGAGAGUCCACUUUGUGGUAUUGCUGUGGACAAGAGAGACCGAAUUGCUGUGCUUGACGGUGAGAGAAAGGUAAUAUCUCUCCAUAAUGUCGAUGGAUCCAUCAUUUCCACAAUACAUCAUGACGAUAUUAAUAGCUACUGCUUUCUAUCUGUAAGCAACAAGGAGCACCUGUGCUUCACAGACUACGACAACAUGAAAUUAGUUUGUUUGGGUUUCAUGGGAAACGAGUUGUUCAAUAUCAGCACCUCCAUUGACGGCAGACAAGCAUAUCCUGGUGGUGUGUGCUGCGACGAUGCUGGAGACAUUUAUGUGUCUAUUGAUUACGGUGACUUGACAACCGGCGAGAUACAUCAUUACAAUGCAUCAGGUGAGCACAUCAGCUGUGUAGCUCGUGGCUGUUACAAUCCCCAAGGCAUGAUGUUUACUCCUACCGGUGACCUCGUCGUGGCUGAUCAGCUCUCGGUCAAGAUCUUGCAUCGUGUGUGAGUGUCAAUGACGUCACGGUCGAAAUACAAAACUUUUAAGUUUUAUAUUGGUUUUAAUAAGAGAAUAAAAGGAUAGCGACGAGUUCUUAAACGGCCGUUUAAAUCCUUCAACGCCUCUGCAAGGUUUUAUACGGCAGUUUAAGAACGAGUCACUACUCUUUUAUUCCCAUUCAUUAAUGCCUUUUUGAUUAAAA